AUGAACCAUCAAAACCCGUUCAUAUAUAACCCCAUAUCUUCUCAACAACAACAAACCCCGUUUCAGCCUUUCCAGCAACAGGGUGCCGAUACCUCCAAGAUAAAAAGAUCGAGAAAAUCACACAAGAAAUCUAGGUUAGGAUGUCUUCAAUGCAAAAAGAAGCGAAAGAAAUGUGAUGAGCAAUUGCCAGUUUGUGGUAAUUGCCAGUUGAGCUCACAUGUUCGAUGCAGUUAUUUAGAUUUGUCUGAUGCUGAGAAGCAAAAAAUUGCCGAUUCUCAUCAAAAAGUGGAUGAGCAGGCAUCAUAUCCAACUAAUGGUAGCGACAACGGUUCUAAUGCAAGUAUUGAUCAAUUCAAAUUCCAGCCCUCAAAUUCACAUCAAUGUGAAAUAUCUGCGCUGCCUUCCGGUCUUCAUUCGCAUAAUAAUAGUUCUGUGUCAAUAUCAUCACAGCUUUAUUCAACUCCGACAUUCCAGAAUUUAGACUCUUAUAUCAGCAACAAUAACUCAUUGUCGAACAGCUUCAAUUCAAGUUAUGAUUUUGAGGAAAAAACUUCACAAAGAAACUCCUGUACCAUUCAAAAUAAUCAAUUGCUAAGCCCCUCUAUGAAAGACACAGUUGAAUUUCCCUCUUCAUUUCAAUUUCCACUUCCUUUGAAUGAAAAAGCGAUACCUAAUACUGGAAAGCCAACAUUUAGUAACAGUUUUGAUGACUUAAACUUAUCUUUUCCAUUAAUCCCUUCCGAGGCAGCUAUAAAUUUCCCUGCUAAUUUUAGUCAUGCGUCACUGAGCUAUUUCGGUGAUUAUCAAUCAUCUAAACGUCAAAAACUCGAUCAGAAUAGCUUGGGGUCGACCAAUGAACAAGGAAUUAGACAAAUUAUUAAUGUUCCAUCAUUCGAAGUUACAGAUAAUACUGAAAUUCUUAACCCCCUACCCAACUCUCACAGAGUCAAUGAAUCAUUCAGAUUGUACGAUCAUAAAAAGGUAAGCUGCUCCAACAAGGAAUCUUUGGAAAAAGAUUUUAGACCUUUGUUCGAUCGUACGAAACACUUCACCAAGGUUAGACUAUUGUUAUUCUCAUUGUUGGAAAAAACAUUUAUCAAUGCUCAAAAAUCAAACUCAGUUUUCUUUGCCUUGAUGGAGUUUUCCAUGAAGUACAUUUUUUGCAAAACAGUGUUAAAGCUGCGGAAUUUGGUUAUGCAUCCUAAUAACAAAUUGUUUCAUGAUCAAGAAUUGGAUUUGUCAUUUGAAAAACCAAUUCUCAACAAGUUAAUGAUUCAUUAUGCCAAUUCAAAGUCUCAUUAUUGUCAAAUAAAUCAAAUAUCUCUUAAAUCAAUUCUUGAGACACAUAGUCUUGAAGACAUCACCAAUGACCCAAAACUUGCAAGUAAAGUCUUAUUCAAAAUUUCUUGUAUGGAUGAUGUUUUGUCUUGGUAUUCAAGAGCCAGCUGCUAUGAAAAAUAUAAUGAUUUAGCGGACAUUGCAAAUCAUUCUCGAUACUUGAAGUGCCUGAAUGACUUAUUCCGGAUUAUAGAAAAAUUCGCCCCUCAUACUUCGAAAUUCCCCAAUGAAUUGUAUUAUGGCUUCCGAAGCUGUGUGACCAUCACUUCUAUAACUGAAUCAAUGAAGCUGCUAUAUAUUCCAAGUUAUAAUACUAGUGCGUUUUUAGAAUUUUACGAUGACUUGGUUCAAUUUGGGGCAUUUAUUAGAAACCAGGGAGAUUUGAUGAAGGAAGAAAUUAAAGCUGAAGUGGCAGAUAACAGAGCAGAUUAUUACUUGUUGAUAGACUUGAUGAGUACUAUUAUUAAUGACAUUUUACCCAUUCUCGAAUCUAGCUCAUCGUACGUGCUUCCAGCUAAAUAUUAUUUUAUCUUUGGUAAAAAGUGGUUUCAACUCUUGCCUGAACAAACUAAUCUAAUCGAUUCAAACCGUCUGAUGACAUCUUACAGAAAGCUCUUUUUAUUAUACUUUUACACUGCUUCCCAAUUCAUCACCCAUAUUUUUGGCACAGGAAGAUAUUUUUUCAUCAUGAAGAGCUUGGAGAUUGAUUUCCUUGCAACAAACUGGUUUUCUUCUGAAGAUUUUUCCGAGUUCACUAAUCCUUCCAUUAGUAUUGAUGAGCAGCACAAACGUUUCGGAGGAACGACAAUUCAGAACAGUAAAUUCAUACAUGAUGUGUUGCAGCGCCAUGCAGUGUACUGUCUCCGUGUUGUCUCAUUCUUCCGUAUAAGACGGAUGUGUUGUUUGAGGUAUUUGAAUCUUGAUCCAGCAGCAACAUUAGAAUUGAACCAAUUAGGUGAAGCAUCAUUAAAUAAAGAAAUGGUUAAUCGAGGAAUUGAAGAGGUGCCAGUGUUACGUUUUAAGAGCACCAUAUUGAAACCAGAACACUUUAUCCAUGAGCCGAUGUUGAGUAACAAGGAGAAAAAACAAGAAAAUAUUGAUAUUAAGAGCUCUGAUUCGAAAAUGAAGUUAGGUCAACCCGUUUUGAGAUUUUUUAAACCAGAUGAUGAAAAGAAUAAUCUCUAUGUCCAAGACUUUCCUAAACUUGAUUCCUGGUACUCCGAGUUCGGUUUCAAUGACAUAGUUGAUAAAUCCAUUCAGGAAUCUUUCGAGAUCUCUGGAGGAAAACCAGCACAGCUAUCAACUGAAUCACAAAUGAAGUUCAAAAACUCAAUAAUUUCAAAGUUUAAUCUUUUUGAAUUUCUUAAACCUUCAAUUAAACCCAACAGAAUAGCACCAAUUUCAUUUUUUGAUGACAAAACCGGAUUGAUGAAAUUCGAUUUCAAUCCAUUUAGGGACUUGGAAAUGGACAGUACUUUGGUCCACAACAUUCAACCAAUAUAUGAUGGAAUGAUUUCGUUGUAUUUAGAUCAAAGAAUUAGGUUGAUCGAAAAGAAUCGUGGCAAUGAAAAUGAAAGCACAAGUGAUCCAUCAAUCUUUAACAAUUUUUAUAAUCACCAAACUCAGACACUUACCCAUGCUGAGCACUACCAGAGACCAAACUUGCAUGAUCUUAAAAGACAUUCUACUAGCUCGUUGCCUUGUUACUUCAGGACAUUCAACAUUGGUGAAGUAGAAUUGGAGGAUAUUAAUAAUAACUCUUCUUUUCAGAUACGAAAAAGCUCCAGUGCAAAUAGAGCAAACAGUUUGGAUAAUGAAAAAGCAUUUGGUGAUACUGGCCACAAACUAGCCCUCAACCCUGAAUAUCAGUUUACCCAAAAUGGCCAAAUAGCGACAGGAACCAACUGGAAAGAAACCUCAAUGAAUAAUCAUUUGAUUGCUGCUACCUCUGGAGCGUUAUAUGAUGAUGCUUUUGUUUCUAAUUCUAGUUUCGCUAAGGCAGCGAACCUUGGAUCAAAUGUGAACACUGCUUACUUUGAUCCUACCACAAGAUCUUACCCUUCUCAACGAUAUGCACAAAAUAACCCGCAUAACUUUUCUAACGUGUCAAGUGAUGUUAAUUCUGGAUCCAAUGGCCAUGGAAAUAAUAUUUCUAGUUUGAAUAAUCCCGCAUGCUCUAGCAGCUUUGGAGUUGAUGAUUUUCAAGAUAUGCGCUGUCAACUGCAAUAUCCUACUUACCAAAGCUCGGGAGCUAACCAGAACUUGAAUCAGAAUUUGAAUAAUCAGGGUCAAUUUGGAUACGAUGGGACCAGCACCAAUACCACAAAUAAUGGAAGCACUAAUGGUGUCUCCAACCCUGAUUCUAAUAAUGUUGAGUAUUGGCUUUGA